UUCCAGUCGGUCGACAGCCACCUUGCAACGCCUCUCGACGCAGACAGACGGGGAGGUGCCUGAUGCAGAUACACCAAACAAGGAGAGGAAAGAGAAAAGGCAAUAGACGUGUACAGACUUCCCCUUCCCCCAUGUGUCGUGUCAUCCGACCUCCGUCAGAUGUCUGGCAGCAGCUUCAGGGAGGGGCCGUCCAUCUUGCUGCGGGCGACGGACACCACCUGGGGGAAGGCAGCAGGACCACUGACGCCCCCCCGGGGCGCCGCGGUGGUGCGGAGCUCGAUGGAUGCCGACCCGUCAUUGUACUUGGCCAUCUCGAUGUAUGCCGCGAACUCGUCGCCCUCCUCGGCGCCACACAAGAUGACGAAUCGGUAUGUGACGAAUCCGCUCCAGCCGUAGUCGGUGGUGCUGUAGGCGAUGGUGCGGCAGCCCCACAGGGGCGGCUGCUGGGCCAUCAGGGCACCGAUGCGACGACCGGAGUGACGCGUCACCUCACGCGACGACAACGCUGCCAACCUGCAAGAGCAGGGAGCGAAAAGGCAGACAACACGACACAUUGGUGUGUUGUGUUCUCUCAUUUGUGUCGCUGCAUACGUACCUCCUGAUGAUCAGUCCUCGGAAGCUGCUGUAGUCCAAACCAGCGUCUGCAGGCACACAGACACAGCGGCAGACAGCAUCCAUGUCAACUUGGCUCCCCUGUGGUGCUUUGCCCUCCCCUCUCUCUCUCUCACCUCCGUACGCGGGAAAUUCUCUAUAUCGGCACGGGGGAUCGGCCGCAUCGAAGCGAUGUCGAUAUAUGGCCGGCGCCCUCUGCCGCGUGUGCACCCUCACCAAGCCCCCACCCAGCUCGUCCCGCCCGCCGGCAUUGCGCGUCAGCCGCAUCCUCUCGCCCAGUCGGUGGCUGUAGAGGCUGUACUGGCGGAGGGCCUUUCGCCGGCUGUCGAUGACGGCUUUGCUGCCCGCAAGCCGCAGGUCAUCAUUGGUCAGCUCGACGGGCAGCUGCUGCACUCGUCCACAGCUCUUGGCCAGCCGCAGCAGCGGCACGGUGCCCCGCCAGUCGCCCCCCGUAACCAUCAUGUAGUGAAGCCGGAUCAGUCGCAGCCGACGCACCAGACGACUGCCGUGGCUCGACUGGUUCAGCGGGGUGUAGCCGAUGACGCCUGUGAGGCCGUCACGUUGGAUGAUGCUGUCCAUGUCGGCGACCAGGGCGGCCUCGACUGUGCUGCUGACCGCCUCGGAUGUGCGGCAGAGGGCAGUGGAGUCGUGGGGCGUGAGGAAGGGCAGGAAGAUGUCGCGCAUGACGUCGGUGGGCAGGGACAGGCCUGGGAGGAGGGGCGGAGCGGCAGCACCAGACGACUCUACGGGCGCGUCACCACGGGGGCGCUUCGAAUUCACCUCAACCUGCACGCACACACCACACCACACCACACCACACACACUUGCCGUCAAGGUAAUGGCGACCGGUGUGCCACAGCCGUACCUUCUUGUUUGUGCCAGUGGUCUCUGUGGUUUUCUCAGCGACGGCACUGGCCUGCUCGUCUGGAGUGACCAGCCCGAAGGUCUUGGAAUGGCCCUCCAGCUGAAGCACACAGGAAGCUCCUCACAUGCCUUCAUUCGUCGAAGGAUGGACAAUAGGUGCGUGUGUGUGUGCGCACCAGCGCCGCGCCGUUCAGUCGUCUGAGUCCGUCCGUCAGGGGGCCGAGUGCGUCGGAGAUGUCCGACACGGCGCCCUCCACCAUCGGCAGACGACUCUCACCAACAUACCCCUGCACGCAGCCACAGAUCACACAAAUGUGUUCAGAGGCAGGGAGGGAGGGAAGACACACUGACCUUCGCAGCUAAGUAUCUGAUCGUAUCGCCCAUCUGCACACACCGCACACACCCCACACACCCCACACACAUGUCACACCACCACCCGCCAGUUCACUGCCUCCCGGCAUGGCCCCUCACCUGCGUCUGCAGCGCAACGACCUGCUCAUGCAGGGUUAGCAGCCGCUCAAACGUCUCGCAGAACCUCUGCAAGGGCACACGCCACCACGAGAUGAUCAUGAGAAGCCGACGAAUGCAUGACGGUCUUUGCAUGUCUGUGUGUCCACAUCAUGGCUCACCGACUGCUCAUCGUCUUGUGUGCCGCCAUGAUUGAUCCACCCAAACACAUUGCUAAAGAAACUACCUGACCAACAUAAACACCACACCACCACACACGAGAAUUCCCUUCUCCCUCGCCCUCUCCCCACCAGCAAGCCCACCUGCGGCAGCUGAUGCCGAUGCUGAUGCCGAUGGGCCGCUCAUCCCGCCCGCUGCGGCUAUGCUCACGGGAACCUCAAGCAAUGCCUGAAGACCAUCCACACCAUGAAGCGUUGAGAGCGGUGUUUGCGAUGGAUGAGUGUCAUCUCUCGUGCUGUGCUUACCGGUGAGAAGGCAGCGACUGGACGAGAAAGCAAAUCAGUCCAACGAUGAGUGAAUGGGCCAAUCAAUGGCGCCGCACACGUCAACCGCUGGAGCUGCAGACACACACGUGCAGAGGAGGUGAAAUCAUCAGUCAGGCCUCUCCUUCUCUCAAUGUGCGCCAUCAAUGUCUGACCGUGUUCUUUCCGCGUGUGUCGAUGCCAUCCGAACGCUAUAAAGGGGAGAUCCGCCACACACAGCGCAGCACAGAUACGAUUGGGAGAAUGAACCAUCGCCGUCGCUUCAUCUCAGUGUUUUCGCACCUUCGACGUCGCGAAGGCCACAGGACCGUGCCGCAGCCUGAAAGCCAAAGACGCAAUCUUCU